GCAGCCAAUUUGAGUUGCGAUCGCAGCACUGAAGGCUGCAGUCGCGCGCCUGCCGGCACACAAAACGGACGUGUUGUAACGGACGUGAGUCAAAUAACACCGCGUGCACGAAUCGCGUGUUUCAAAUUAUCGCUAUGACGUACUUCACCCUAGCAGUGUGCGUUUCUGCCACUGUAGCGCUAGUAUCGAGUAGUGUUGUCCAGGCGCCGGUUAAUGGCAACUUCGAGCUGCUCAUUCUGCACAACAAUGACAUGCACGCCCGCUUCGAACAGACGUCCCAGCUAAGUGGCGCUUGUACUACAUCUGAUAGAGAAGCGGGAAAAUGCUACGGGGGAUUUCCGAGAGUAGCACAUGUAGUGAAAGAGGCGAGAAAAGCGGCUGCGUCUGGCGAAGGGCCGCCGGUUCUGUACCUGAACGCUGGUGACACAUACACUGGUACCGCCUGGUUCACCAUCUAUAAGUGGAAAAUCGCCGCUGAAUUCCUCAACGCAUUACAACCAGACGCCGUUUCACUUGGAGGAAACGACUUUGAAAAAGAUUCUGCACAAUUAUCACCGCUUUUAAAAAGUAUAAGUACGCCUAUACUGGCCACAAAUAUAAUUUUAAACACUGAAGAAAAAGAAAGAUUACAAAAGUCCGUUGUAUUUAAUGUAAAAGGAUAUAAAGUUGGAAUAGUUGGUUAUGUUACUCCGGAAUUGAGUACACUUGAUAAUGCAGGUGCUGUGGAAUACAUAGACGAAGUUAUAGCUCUACAGGAAGAAGUAAACAAAUUAAAAGAACAAAACGUGUCAAUAGUCAUAGUUUUAGGACACGCAAAUAUAGAUAAAGUUACAGAAAUUGCAGCCGAAGUUGAUGGCAUUGAUUUAAUUAUAAACGGAUAUAAAAAUGUUUACGGAUCGAACGGCAAUACAAAGAAUUUACAACAUGAAGUAGAAAAUGUAAUAACAGUGACCCAACAGACUGGUAAGAGAGUACCAAUCGUCCAAUCAUUUGCAUAUAAUCAAAAUUUAGGUAAAGUACUUACCAAAUUUAAUAGCAAUGGUGAAUUAUCAGACUACCAAGCUGAACAGAUUCCAUUAGAUUUCUCUGUUCCUCAAGAUACAAAUGCUCUAGCAAUAAUGAAGACCUAUAUGGCAGAUAUUGAUUUACUAAGUCAAGAAGUAAUAGGCAGCACCGCUGUAGUUCUAGAUGGAGACACAUGCAAAGCAGAAGAAUGUAAUUUUGGCAACUUAAUUACUGAUUCUAUGAUGUAUUAUUAUUCUAUUAGACACCAAGGUGAUCGUUGGACUGAUGCGCCGAUUGCUAUGAUUCAUAGCAGUGCUAUAACCACAUCUAUCGCACCACAAAACCGACCAGCGGCUGUUACCAAGCGUGCUUUGUUGUCUGCUAUACAAUCAGAAGGUAACUUAGUCGCUGUUACAAUGACUGGAACUGUAUUGAAACAAGUACUGGAGCAUUCGGUCGCGGACUAUCGUUCAAUUAAUCCGUCCGGUCGAUUCCUUCAAUACUCUGGCAUUCGAGUGACGUAUGAUAUUGCUAAUGCACCGGGUUCUAGAAUAGUCGAUGCCGUUGUAAGAUGUGGGGCUUGUUCUAUCCCUGAGUUUCAGACUAUCAAUGAUUCAAUAGAGUACUCGAUACUGAUGCCAUUAUCGUUAGCAAAUGGUGCAGAAGAAUAUUCCAUGCUUAUCGGACUUCCUCGACGAUUUCUUGACUUUGACGAAGCGUUUGGUGCCGAAAAAUAUAUUGCUCAACGUAGUCCGGUAUAUCCUGAAGUAUCGGGUCGAAUUUCCCUUGGCAAUCAUGAAUUUGACAACGGUGUCUCCGGUUUGACGCCUUUCAUCGAAAACUUAACAUGUCCAGUGCUCGCAGCAAAUCUUAUCCUGAAUCGGGAACCUUCACUGCAAGCCCAAAAGAAUUUAAUGAAGUCUAUAACACUUGAUAUAAACGGAACAAAAAUAGGAAUCAUAGGCUACCUAACUCCCGAUACGAAAAUUCUAGCAAUACGAAACAAUGUGGAAUACAUAGAGGAAGAAAUAGCUAUCAGAAAUGAAAUUGCUGAAUUGAAAAGGCAAAAUGUUAAAAUAUUCAUAGCUUUGGGCCAUUCGGGAUAUCUCAAAGAUAUGAAAAUAGCAAAAAUAGAAGAUAUUGAUUUAGUCAUUGGUGGUCAUACUAACACAUUCCUUUGGGAAGGUAAAACUAUUGAUUCAGAAAAAGUGGACGGUCCAUAUCCUACACUAGUUAAACAAACUAGUGGUAAAAUAGUUCCAGUAGUUCAAGCGUAUGCGUACACAAAAUAUUUGGGCAAAUUGCGAAUUGUCUUUAACAGUAGCGGUGACAUAAUUAGUUUCAAUGGCAAUCCUAUUCUACUUGAUAACUCGGUACCACAAGAUGCUGAUAUUUUAGAAAUCGUGAAAAAAUAUCGUAAAAACGUUGCAAAAUUAACCGAGGUAGUGGUAGGAAAAAUAUCAGUAGUCUUGGAUGGUCAAUCAUGUCGACUAAAGGAGUGUAAUAUGGGAAACUUGAUUACAGACGCAAUGGUUUAUAAAUAUGCAUCUGAAUAUGAUGGAAAAGGAUGGACAGAUGCGCCUAUUGCUAUUAUUCAAGGAGGUGGUAUCAGAGCAUCGAUAGCACACACUAAUCUACCAACAAAUAUAACUAAAGGCGAUCUUUUGAUAGUAAUGCCUUUUGACGGAAACAUGGUUAAAUUGUCAAUCAAUGGAUCAAAUAUUUGGAAAAUGUUAGAGCAUUCUGUGGCAGGUUAUCUUCCUCUUCGCUCUCCGGGAGAGUUCCUACAAUUCUCAGGACUUAAAGUGGAAUAUGAUUUCGAGAAACCUCCGGGCAUGAGAGUUAAAAGUGUAUCCAUACUUUGUGGCAAUUGUUAUUUGCCUACGUAUUCUUUAUUGAACCGAACGAAAGUGUAUAAUAUAUUGAUGCCUUCAUUUUUAUCAAUGGGUGGCGGUGGUUUUUCUUCCCUUGGAAAUCACGAGUUUGACAACGGAGUCAGUGGGCUCACGCCAUUCAUACAAAAUCUGACAACUCCCGUUUUAGCAGCCAAUUUAAAACUAAACAAUGUUCCCGAACUUCCAGCCGAAGCAAACCUUAGAAAAUCCGUCGUCUUCAAUGUGUCCGAUGUCGCUGUAGGAGUAAUUGGAUAUCUAACUCCAGAAACAAAAGUAUUAGCUGUCCACAAUAACGUCGAAUAUAUUGACGAGAUAGUAGCGCUUAGAGACGAAGUAAAAAACUUGAAAAAUGAAGGUGUCAAUAUAAUAAUCGCACUUGGUCAUUCUGGUUAUUUGAAAGAUUUAGAAAUAGCGAAAGCUGUAGAUGGUAUAGAUUUAGUGAUCGGUGGACAUUCAAAUACCUUUCUGUGGAACGGUACAACGCCCGAUUCAGACGAGAUUCAAGGCCCUUAUCCUACUUAUGUCACACAGGCGAGCGGUAAACAAGUACCUGUUGUACAAGCGUAUGCAUACACGAAGUAUCUUGGAAGACUACACAUGGUAUUCGAUUCUAAUGGAGACGUUAUAAAUAUAGACGGAAACCCUAUCCUAUUAGAUAAUAGCAUACCUCAAGACCCAGAACUUCUGCAAAUCGUGGAACGAUACAGAAGGGAUAUUCUUAAUAUUACUGAAGAGGUCCUUGGACAAACGUCUGUCGUACUCGAUGGUUUGAGUUGCCAAAAUAAGGAAUGUAAUCUCGGGAACUUGAUAGCUGAUGCAAUGGUUUUCCGAUACGCGACAGAUUACAAGGGAAAGUAUUGGACGGAUGCACCAAUAGCAGCCAUACAAGGAGGUGGAAUAAGAUCUUCGAUAGCGAAUACGAAAGCACCUACUAAUAUAACUAAAGGAGAUUUAUUAGGUGUAAUGCCGUUUGAAGGAAUUUUAGUCACAGCCGAGAUGAGUGGAACAGUAUUACUACAGAUGCUCGAGUAUGGCUGUCUCGGAAACCAUGAAUUCGACGAGGACGUGGAGGGGGUUGUACCGUUCAUAAAAAACUUAACGACACCGGUAUUAGCUGCAAAUCUGAUAUUAGACAAAGUACCAGAACUCCAGAAUAUAACUAACUUGUACAAAUCGAUAAUUUUAUUAAAGAAAGGCGUAAAAAUAGGUGUUAUAGGCUAUUUAACUCCGGACACAAAAUUUCUUGCACCUAAAAACAAUGUAGAUUAUGAAGACGAAAUACCAGCUAUACGAAGAGAAGUAAACUUGUUAAGAAAAAAAGGUGUCAAUAUUAUUAUAGCUUUAGGUCACUCUGGUUUUCUUAAAGACAUAGAAAUUGCAAAGGAGGUAGAUGGACUAGAUUUAGUGAUCGGUGGUCACUCAAACACAUUCUUGUGGAACGGAGAACAUUUCACAGAAUCUCCAGAGCAUCCGCAAGGCUUGUACCCCACAAUGAUAAAACAAUCAUCAGGUAGAAUAGUCCCAGUAGUUCAAGCGUACGCUUACACAAAGUAUUUGGGUAAAUUACAUUUAGUUUUUGAUUCAUCAGGCGAGAUUUUAAAAUGCUUCGGCGAUCCUAUAUUGUUACAUCAGGGAAUACCGAACGACGAAGAAGUCUUAACAAUAAUAAAGAGGUAUAGAGGGGACAUUGACCGAAUUAACAAUGAAAUUAUUGGCAGCUCUUUAAUAUUUCUAGAUGGUGAACAAUGUCGUUUGAGAGAAUGCAACUUGGGUAGUCUAAUAACUGAUGCAACUUUGAAUUACACCAAACGUAUUAGUAAAGACAAAUACGCCGAUGUUAAUAUAGUGUUUAUCCAAGGAGGUCGAAUAAGAUCUUCUCUAGGACGUAGUGAAACACCAUAUAACAUCACAAGGGGAGAUUUCAUCACAGUUCUACCAUUUUCGGAUACUUUAUCUGUGGUAACGAUGAACGGUUCAAUGUUAAUUCAAGCUCUAGAACAUUCCGUGGCCUCGUGGCGUACUAUAGAUAGUCCUGGACAAUUCUUACAACUGACAGGUGUUGAAGUGACAUAUGAUUUGUCAAAAGAGCCCGGAGGUCGCGUUAAAGUGGUUAAAGCGAUAUGCACUGAAUGCUCUGCCUUAGACGAAGUCCGAGAUUACUUGACCUAUAAGGUAAUAAUGCCCGGUUUUUUGGCAGACGGUGGUGAUGGUUAUAGUAUAUUUGAAAAAUUACCAAAGGACAUUUUAUCUUAUAAUGAAUUGACAUGCACUUUAGACUAUUUAAGAACUUAUAGCCCUAUUAAUCCAGAACAAUCGGGACGUAUUACUGUACUUAAUGAAGAUGUAGUUAUUAAAAAUGUCUCACGAAUUGCAUUUAACAAACCAAUAGACAAUUCUAAAUCCAAUGUCAAUCAUAUAAAUAUAUUCUUAAUAGCAACAAUGAUUUUACAUAACAUUUAUUAA